AUGUUUUCCUUAGCAAAUUCAUUUUCCUUUCUUGAUAGUGCCAGUAUUAACUGGAAAUCCAUUAUAGUAGGAUUUACCGUUGGUCAGUUUUUAUUUGAAAACUAUUUAGAUUACCGUCAGUACCAAGUCUUAAAGAGAACAACUCCUCCAGACACCUUAAAGGCCGAAGUUUCACAAGAAACAUUCGAUAAAUCACAAGAUUAUUCCCGUGCUAAAGCUAAAUUUGGCUUCCUUUCAGAUUCGAUUAACUUAUUCCAAAAUUUAGCUAUCAUCAAGUAUGAUUUGUUGCCAAAGUUUUGGAACAUUGCUGGUACCUUAAUGGCCAAGAGUUCUUUCAUUCUUCCAAAAUUUAUGGGAGGUAUCAUUACGCAGUCAUUAUUUUUCUUAUUUUCCACUCAGAUUAUUAGUACAAUUGUUUCGCUUCCAUUAUCUUAUUAUUCUAACUUUGUUUUAGAAGAGAAGUAUGGAUUCAACAAGCUUACUGUUGGGUUAUGGCUUACCGAUAAGGUCAAGGGCAUUGCUUUAGGUAUUGCGCUCGGAUCUCCUGUUGUUGCAGCUUUCUUGAAGAUUAUUGACUAUUUUGGUGAUUCUUUCAUCUUGUAUACCUGUGGAUUCCUUUUUGUGGUUCAAUUGGUGGGUAUGACUAUUUUCCCAACUUUGAUUCAACCAUUGUUUAAUAAGUUUACUACCUUAGAUGAAGGCGAAUUAAAAACUGCUAUUGAAAACUUGGCAUGUGAACAAAAAUUCCCUUUGACCAAGUUGUAUGUCAUUGACGGUUCAAAAAGAUCUUCCCAUUCUAAUGCUUAUUUUACUGGUUUACCAUGGAGUAAACAGAUUGUUUUGUAUGAUACUUUGAUCAAGCACUCAACCAAGGAAGAAACUGUCGCUGUCUUGGCUCAUGAAAUUGGCCAUUGGAAAUUGUCACACUUACCACAAAUGUUGGUCUUCUCCCAAGCUCAUUUAUUUUUAAGUUUCUCUAUGUUUUCUGCUUUCAUUCACAACAACUCUUUGUACUCUUCAUUCGGAUUUACCUCUGUUCAACCAAUUAUGAUUGGGUUUAUGUUGUUUAACGAUAUUUUCCAACCAGUUGAAUGUGUUGCACAAUUUGGUAUGAAUUUAUUAUCAAGAAAGAACGAAUAUGAAGCAGAUGCAUACGCUAAGAAAUGUGGCUACUCGGAUGAUUUGGCCAAGGCAUUGAUUAAAUUAUUGAGUGAAAACUUAUCAACAAUGGAUGCUGACUGGUUAUAUUCCUCGUACCAUCAUUCUCAUCCAAUUUUAUCUGAAAGAUUGCGUGCCAUUAAUUACGUUUCUAAAGAAAAAGUUGGUAAGAAAGAUGAAUGA